GCCCUGAGGUUUGACACCGAGGCAGCUGGGGAAUCAUGUCUCAAGCGGCGAAAGCGGCGCAUGUGGAAUGUGCAGUCGACACCAGACGUGCACCAGACAGAGGCAGCUCCGAACGGAACUUGCUGUACAUAAAAUGCACAAAGGAGGGCGGUGCGAGAUGUAAAUUACUGGAUCACCGACGUGAGUUGAACAAAGUCCUUCUCAGCGCUGGCUUGGAGGUUCGUGAAGAUAGGCUAGGGCAGAGCAGAGGUGAUGUCCACAUUGCGGUCAUCCAGUCAAGCACUUGCGCGUAUGUAUUGUACGGUUCCGGAGAAGACUCGCGCAAAGCGAAGGCACUGGACCUUGUUGAACAUCUACUCGUCCAGCACCACUGCAUCACAGCGAUGGAAUUCAACCGCAACUUCAUGCAUCGCCCUUCGUUGCUCCAAGUAGCAAAAUUCAACCUCUCUUUGAAAAGCGUUACUGUCUGUGGGAGAUUCGUUACACCUGGCGAGGCAGCUUUCAUGUUCAAGGUGAUCAAAUCACUCUCACCGCUCAAGAAACUCGCCUUCAAGGUUUGCAAGUUCGAGAAUAAUACGGGAGAUAUGAUGCGCUUCUUUGGGAGCUCAUAUCUCCUAGGCAUGAAUUUUUUGACGACCCUUGACGUGGCAGAGGUUAUAAUACCCGUUAGUGAGGCGUAUCGGCUAAUCCAGGCGCUCGUUCAAAACAAAAGCAUCACAGACCUCGCCGUUGGAGCAAGCGUGUGCAACUAUCGCGACGAAGCUUCCAUCGCACUCUUCCCUAGAUACCUCGGCCAAGAAAACUGUAUGCUGCGGAAACUCAAGCUCAAAUCAGCCAUUUUUGUUAACGGCUUCUUAUUCCUGGAGGAACUGAUCAAUGCGUUCUGCAAGAUGAAGUUUUUGGAGGAGCUUAUUGCGGACAUUGUUGUGAUGAACGCAUCCUUCGUUCACACAGUUGCCCUAUUCGCCGAAGUGGUCACUCGGAGCGCCACACUACGCCGACUGAGGCUACCUUGGACGAGCUAUCCAUGUCACGUGUCAUUCUGCAUUCCAAAUGACAUGCUCCCAGAUCCGGAAGCAGCGCAAUGCAUGAAGCCCUGGCUCGAAGCCCUACGGAAGCCACACUCCCUGCUCAAAAAGCUGUGCAUCGACUUGAGGGGCUUCGGCGAAGCUGAGUGCCACGACUUCUUCAAUGCGAUCGCUGACAGCGCCUCUGUGAUGUCGGUGGUCGUCCACUUCUUGCCCAACAUUGACGGGCUCGACAGAGUGUGCGCAACGAUCGAAAAUCGAGGCCUGAAGGAUCGAGUGGUCAUCAAGGGGCAUUACACGCACAUGACCGCAAAGCAGCUGCAGGAGUGCCCGCUAAUCAGCAGCGCAAGCAUCAGAGAGUGUCAUGUUCUUCGCCGCCAAUACCUUGGCGUGCAGCCAGUUAUCUCAGCUUUAGGCGUGGUCAGUAGCUGCGCUCACAUAACGUCACUGCGUGUUGACUGUUCUGACUUCGAUCGCAAUGAUUUCUCCGCGUUGGCAGCAUAUAUAAGUGGCCCGUCCGCAUUAACUGAUGUGGACAUAGACCUGAGUCACAUUCAUGACAAUCUGACAGCACAGGGGAAGCGGUACGUGCAGUCGGAACUUGUGUCAGCACUGGCCUCUAACCUCAAACUAGUCAGAGUCUCCGUCACAGGAGCGCAGUUGUCACACUACGACUACAGUGUGCUGGCGGAUGGCGCUAACAAGAGCAUCAGUAUCACCGAUUUCACCCUGACGCCUGGCUGCACUUCAGCUGCCAUACAUGACGCAAUGCAUCGAGAAGUGCGCAGCUGCCCGUUGCACAUGACCGAGUCGUUUACGGGAGCAUCCGACGCCAAGAACAACGCUCUGGCAGACAUCUUGGAAGCCACCACAAAGAAUGCCUCUGCCGUCUUGGACGCUGCUCAUUUCGUGCUGGGCGAGCAAGAUGGCGUCGAUAGCGCGCGUGCUAUCGAGCUGUUGCACGACCACCCACGUGUCCUCCAAAGGGUGAUGGAACGUGCUGACGUCACUAAGGCCGAAGCCAAGAAGAUGAUCAACAGAGCCUGGCUUCGUGUCCACCGCUGUAGCCUCGACGAGUUUAUGAGAAUGAGCGGCGUCAUCAAGGAGAGGAUGGAGUGCAUCGGUCAUCCGGGUACCAGGCUUCAACUCGCCGACCUAAGUCACUACUGCUUGCUCCACAUCCGCAGUUUUCUGAAGAUAGCAGACGUUCUGCAAGAUUGAGCGAGUCAAGGUCAAUGAAAAUGGUUUAUCGACUCUUCAGUGUGGUUAGCAUACUUAAAUACUUGUGGAGCAUCCGGCAGCUCUGCUGAACGAACCAUGUUCAAAACUAACUGUUCGACAGACUUGAGUGAAUGAAUGUAUGACACUGCAUAUAUGUGCCCAACUAAUCUAAAAGGGUGUCUGUCGGUUUUGUUUUUUCGAAGCCUGCCAAAAAUUUCUCUCAAAAAAGCACUGUAAAAAUGAACUUUUUGCAGAAUAA